AUGAGCUCGGACUCGGAUUCCGAAGACGAGCAGGAGGACAAGGACCCCGCAAGGAAAAUGAUAGCAGCCAACGAACGCGCCAUGGAACUCUUUCUGGACAGCGGCCUUCUCGCACCGCUUGAGAAGCUUUCGAACGUCCGAUCUUUCGAAUUCGAAUACGCUGCUCUGAAUUGCGAUUGCGAGCAUUACAAACCGAAACCGAAGUAUGCUAGGAUGUUGAGCGAUCUAAAGCAGAAUAUCGAGCGCAAUUACGCCGUCAAAAACGAUUGA